ACCUACCUCUGCCGGGGAGACGUGGACAGACGACAACGAAGAACCAAAGAAGAUUAUAAAACGGAUUAUUAUUUGGAUUUUCGCAAUGGCAGCUGCGCAGACUCAGAAUAUCGCAAGAUUUGUACAAUUGGGAAGGAACGUGGUCGCAGUUGGGAGAAAUUAUAAGGAUCACUGUGCAGAGCUUGGAAAUGCUGUUCCUACUAAACCCCUUCUGUUUAUGAAACCACCAUCUUCAUAUCUUGAGGAAGGAGCUGGACCAAUCUUGCUCCCUCGAGGAUGUACCAAUUGCCACCAUGAAGUGGAGUUAGGGGUGGUGAUAGGAUCUGUUUGCCGAGAUGUGGAGGAAAAGGAUGUCAUGUCACACGUUGCUGGAUAUGCACUAGCAUUAGAUAUGACAGCCAGAGAUUUCCAGGAAGAGGCAAAGAAGAAGGGAAAUCCAUGGACUAUGGCCAAGUGCUUUGACACAGCUCUUCCAGUGUCAAAGUUCCUCUCUAAGCAAGAGCUGGUAGAUCCCAGCAACGUGAACUUGUGGUGUAAGGUUAAUGAUGAGAUGCGUCAGAAUGGCACAACAUCGGAUAUGAUCUUCAGCAUCCCCUAUCUCAUCUCGUACAUCUCCCAGUACUUCACCCUCAAUCCAGGAGAUCUGGUUCUCACAGGGACACCAGCAGGAGUGGGUUCUGUUCAACCCGGUGAUGUCAUAUCAGCUGGUUUAGGUGACUUGCUUACCAUGAAGUUCUCUGUGGCACAGAGGAAGUGAGAACUCCGUAUUACCUUCUCAUUUUCUCUUGGUUUCUGCAUUUAUUUUGUGCAUUUUGGUUUUGUGGUCAUUUAUGAUUUUGUUGUGAAAACAAUGGUGUAGGUUGGUUUACUGCGUGCAAAAUUAAGACUAAACACUGACAAUUAUUAAAUGUAUAGGGGUAAAAACAAACUACAGAAGUUUUGUGUGCAGAUCUUAUGUAUCUUUAUGCAGAUGUGCAUUCACAUGGGCAGAAGCACAUGUGUACAAACAAUCAUACAUUUCUUUUAAUUAAUAUUCCAUAUAACCUUCCUUCACAAAUGUGCACAUAUGAACAUGUUGUAACAUCUUUGUUCAAACUCUCUGUAUAACUGAAUAGUAAUUUAGAUUAAGAAUUAUCAUUGCUAUUUUUCAUAGCAUAUUUUUAAAAUCAUUACUGAAAAUGCUUCUCAGCAGUAACACAAAUGCAUAUCUUAAUCAGCAUUAUUAUUAUUAUUGUCAUGGUUAUAUCAUCAUGAUAGUUAUAACUAUCAUUACUGUGAACUAACUGUAAUGGAAGAGCAAUGAAGGAAAUUAGUACACUACACACUUUUAUUCAUAAUUCCAUGUGUCUUGCAUUUGAAUAAUAUGAUUUGUUGUAAGGAAUGGGUAUACAUAUCCAAGUAUCUUCUUUAUUGAUGAUUUUAAUAAAGUUUCUUUUAAACUGGAUUCACAGAGUAGGCCCUCUACUUACCUUUUUAGGCAUUUAAAUACUUACACAUCUAUUGUACAUAUUCAAAGUUUUGAAAGAGAAAUCUAACUGUAUGUACAACAAGUACGGUAUAUUUGAUACAAGACAAAGUUCAAAGCAUAUAUUUUGAUAUUCUGUCUGUUUAAAUGAUAUUCCAUGGUGAAGAUAGAAUCGUGUUAUCUAUAUAUAUUGCCAAUAAAACAUUAAAUCAUA